ACCCUAUCCAUUCUCCCUGCCUCAGCUAAGUGAAGUAGCACAGUGCUUCGUGUGCAUUAAACAUUCUUUGCCUCUAAGGUUUCAGUACCUUUACAGCAAGUGAUGGUGCCUUUACCAGGAGAGUGAUCCUGCCAUCCAUUACCCACCUUCUCCUUGCUAAACAGACUGUGACUUGUGCGGUCAACAUUUCAGUUGGGCAAAUCACCCCAGCACGUUCGUCAUAUCAAUUAGAUCACUAUUCUUAUCAGCAGAUGAGGAUUUCUAGUCCCUCUUGCUCUUUACCUAGACUUCCAAGGUGAGUAUAGAGUAACAAAUGAGAUGACAUCACCUCUUCAUGUCUUUGCCAGGUGGGUUCAUUAUGAUCACGACAAGUUGUACAUGAGUUGUUGCAUAUUUAGUGCUUGUGUCCUAUAUCCAAUAAAGGAGCUACAACACUGGGUCAGUUUCUGGUCACAAUAUGUAGAACAAUUUGGUUUGACUCCAGGGAAGGAGAAGGGGUGGGAGAAAAGAAAAAUGUACUCACUCCUCUUUUCUUCUCCUUUUCCAGUGGUUCCCCAUCAGCAGAACUGUGAAGAGCACAAAGCCUUACCUCAGAAUAUCUCUGAGUGGCUCUGUGCCGUGCGGAUAGCUGAAGAAGAAGAGCGGGUCUGGACAUGCUGUCCCAAGGGCUGGAAGCUCUUUCGCACCAGCUGCUACUACUUGUCCCAUGAUACUGCCAGGCCCUGGGAUGCCAGUGAGAAGAACUGCAUAGGGAUGGGCUCCCACCUAGUGGUGGUUGACACGGAAGCUGAGCAGAAUUUUCUGCUCAACUGGGUGAAAGGAAGAGUUUCAGAUCAGAAAGAAAUAAGUAACUACUGCCUUGGUCUGAAUUCUCAAGAAGUGGAAGGCCAGUGGUGCUGGGUAGAUGGGACGCUGUAUAAUAAGAGUGCAGCGUUCUGGAUGCCUGAGGAACCUAAUUUCCUUAACUCGGAGAAGUGUGCCGUCAUGCAAAUGGGAGGGAACAGAGCCUCAUCAGAGAAGAAAACCUGGAAUAAUGUCCGUUGUUCCUUAUGGUGUCAUGGAAUCUGUGAAGCUGCAGCAAUGAAAAUUUGAUCGGAGAAGCCUCAUUUUGGAUGUGAAGGCAGAGAGUCGCUCACUUGGGGCAGCUCCCAGGGAGAUAUGGAGGGGGGAGGGUUUGAAUGAACAUUGGUGCCUGGGCUAUAGCCAUGCACGGGGGCAGGGAAUGAUUUUACUAUGUGCAGAGGCUUAAACUAACCAGGAAAAUUAUUUGGGGAAAAAAGGAAGCCGCUGAACAUGUUGAAAGUGGACGGAAAUCCAUUUCAGUCAACUUCCACCUGUGAUGUCUCGAAGGUGAAUGGAGACUCACCUGAGUAGUGUAGAGGGAUACUGCUAUGUAAUACAUUAUUACAGAUGACACUUCUGAGGGUCGUGACUGCCUUUGCUCUUAUGGGAGUGUUGUCCCCAACGGACAGUGUGAGUUCGUGCCCGGUGCGCUAUUGCCAAAGAACACACAGGGGUGGAGGACC